UAUUCUCUAUAAAAACCCACCCUUCAACCUUCCUUUCUUGCUUACCAAACAAUGGCUCUUCUUUUUUGCAUUAUCUUCGCCGCUUGCUUCUUCUUUACAGCUCCAUUUGUCCACUGCUCUCGAAGCUUGCUGCAAAUUUCCCGCCCCACGACGGUUCUCGACGUUUCUGAAGCUCUUGAGAAGACCAGAAAUGUACUCUCAUUUACCCCAGUAGGCCAAAGCCUCUCAGCUUCACCUUCACCUACGUCUUUCCUCUCCCUUCAUAUUCACCCCAGAGCUUCUAUUCGUAAAUCCUCCCACCCUGAUUACAAAUCAUUGACUUUAUCCCGACUCGAGCGGGACUCUGCUCGAGUCACCUCGCUCGCCACUCGGUUGGAUCUGUCUGUCAGCGGAAUUUCAAAGCCGGAUCUCAAGCCGUUUAAUAAGGCCUCGGAAUUUGGAGCAGAGGAACUAGGAAGUCCUAUUGUGUCGGGUUCGAGUCAAGGAAGCGGUGAGUACUUCUCUCGGGUUGGAAUCGGGAAACCACCGAGUCAAGUUUACAUGGUGCUCGACACGGGCAGUGACGUCAACUGGGUACAAUGCGCACCCUGCGCCGAUUGUUACCAACAAUCUGACCCCAUUUUCGACCCAUCUUUAUCAUCUUCUUACUCGCCGCUGAAUUGCGAAACGCAACAAUGCAAGUACCUUGACGAUUCCGAAUGUCGAAACGAUCGGACUUGCGCCUACGAGGUUUCCUACGGCGACGGCUCUUACACAGUGGGUGACUUUGUCACUGAAACCAUCACCCUCGGCUCGGAUUCUGUCAAUAAUGUAGCAAUCGGUUGUGGCCAUAACAACGAAGGCUUGUUUGUCGGGGCGGGUGGCUUGCUUGGUCUCGGCGGCGGGCCGCUUUCCUUUUCCUCCCAGCUUAAUGCGAGUACUUUCUCCUAUUGUCUCGUGGAUCGUGACUCUGACUCAGCUUCCACUCUCGAGUUCGACUAUGCUCUCCCUCCUAACGCCAUUACAGCUCCAUUACUCCGUAACAAACAGCUAGACACGUUUUACUAUCUCGGUUUAACCGGUAUCAGUGUGGGUGGCGAAUUGCUUCCGAUUCCCGAGUCAGUUUUCCAAAUAGACGAGUCAGGUAACGGUGGGAUUAUCAUCGACUCGGGGACCGCCGUAACUCGGUUACAGAGCGAUACAUACAACGUUCUCCGUGACGCAUUCGUUAAAGGUACAAAGAACUUGCCGUCAGCUGACACCGUGGCAUUGUUUGACACGUGUUACAAUUUGUCUUCCACGAGUAGCGUGGAUGUCCCAACGUUGUCGUUUCACUUCCCCGAAGCUAAAGUUCUACCGUUACCGGCUAAGAAUUACAUGAUACCGGUUGAUUCCGUUGGAACCUUCUGUUUCGCGUUCGCGCCAACGUCCUCGACGUUGUCAAUCAUUGGGAACGUGCAGCAGCAGGGGACGCGUGUCGGUUUCGAUCUCGGCAACUCCCACGUAGGAUUCGUGCCCAACAAAUGUUAGAAAAAUUAUUAUUUUUUACUAUCUGUAAUUUAUUUACGGUUUUCGCGUUGGUAAAAGAUAAAUACCAGUGGGCCCAUUUCAAUUUCUCAUGACAGGCAAACGGCGAUGUUAUCGAUGUCGGCAGUAGUGGCAUGUAUAGUAAAUUAAUUGAAUGCAUGAGGAGAAGAGUGUCAAAACACAGAGACUUGAUAGAUUUGUUUAUAUGACCGUUACAUAGUUGUUUUUAUUAAAAAAAGAUUCGCUUCGGUUUAUCAAACAUAUA